AUGUGCCCUACUCCUGACGUCCCGGCCUCCAAUGGCCAUGCCAAUGGCACCAAUGGCCAUGCGAACGGCAACGGCGCCGCCAACGGCACCAACAAGGCUAACCACCCUGGCUACACUGCCAUUCCCCAGAAGCACACCGGAAGCAACCCGUACCAGCCGGUUGGCGACUUCCUCAGCAACAUUGACCGAUACCAGAUUAUCGAGUCCACUCUGAGAGAGGGCGAGCAGUUCGCCAACGCCUUCUUCGACACCGAGACCAAGAUCAAGAUUGCCAGGGCUCUCGACGACUUUGGUGUCGACUACAUUGAGCUUACCUCGCCCGCUGCCUCUGAGCAGUCCCGCAAGGAUUGCGAGGCAAUCUGCAAGCUCGGCCUCAAGUCCAAGAUCCUGACUCACGUCCGCUGCCACAUGGACGAUGCCCGCCUCGCCGUCGAGACCGGUGUUGACGGUGUCGAUGUCGUCAUUGGCACCUCCUCAUACCUCCGUGAGCACUCCCACGGCAAGGAUAUGACCUACAUCAUCAACACUGCCAUUGAGGUUAUCCAGUUUGUCAAGUCCAAGGGUCUCGAGAUCCGUUUCUCUUCUGAGGACUCCUUCCGUUCCGACCUCGUCGACCUUCUCUCCGUCUACAGCGCCGUCGACAAGGUUGGUGUUCACAGAGUUGGUAUUGCCGACACAGUCGGCUGCGCCAGCCCUAGACAAGUCUACGACCUUGUCCGCACCCUGAGAGGUGUCGUCAGCUGCGAUAUCGAGACUCACUUCCACAACGAUACUGGAUGCGCCAUUGCCAACGCUUACUGCGCGCUCGAGGCCGGUGCCACCCACAUCGACACCUCCGUCAUCGGUAUCGGUGAGCGCAACGGUAUCACCCCUCUCGGUGGUCUGAUGGCUCGCAUGAUCGUUGCCGCCCCCGAGUACACCAAGUCCAAGUACAAGCUGCACAAGCUCAAGGAGCUUGAGGACCUCGUCGCCGAGGCUGUCGAGAUCAACAUUCCCUUCAACAACUACAUCACCGGUUUCUGUGCCUUCACCCACAAGGCCGGUAUCCACGCUAAGGCCAUCCUCAACAACCCUAGCACAUACGAGAUUAUCAACCCCGCCGACUUCGGCAUGAGCAGAUACGUCCACUUCGCAUCAAGAUUGACUGGAUGGAACGCCAUCAAGUCGCGUGUUGAGCAGCUUGGUCUCACCAUGACCGACGCUCAGGUCAAGGUCGUCACUCAGAAGAUCAAGGCCCUGGCAGACGUCAGGCCGAUUGCCAUUGAUGACGCCGAUUCCAUCAUCCGUACUUUCCACCUGAACAUUACGGAGGGUGAGGAGAAGCCGCUGUUGCCCAACUUGACCGCCGAGGAGCAGGCCAAGUUCGAGAAGGCGGAGAGAGAGCUUGCUGGCGAGCCUGAGAAGCGUGCUUUGGAUGAUGCCGCAGCGGAGCCCGCGGCCAAGAAGGUUAAGGCGUAG